GUCCUAUUCGGCCCCGCAAAUGGAAGCUCCGCGUUCUACCUUUGGCAACCGGAAGUUGUGGUCGCAAGCGGAGGCCUUCUGUUCAAUCGAGCUGCCUUCUGCCCUGGGUUAAAAUGGCGGCUGCGGCCGCUGCCGCUUAAGGCGCCCGAGAGAUUACCUCGGCUGGACGGCGGACGCUGGGUUAUCGGAAGGCGGAGGCAGCCGGCCGGCCAAGAUGGCGAUGAUGGGAAGCGGUUUCUUGAGCAUCGUGGAGUACUUGGGGGGAGACGGUGGCUACCGCUGCGGCUAUUGCAAGAACGACACCGGCAACUUCUCCCACGGCAUGUGGGCUCAUUCACUGACUGUUCAAGACUACCAGGAUCUUAUAGAUCGAGGAUGGCGAAGAAGUGGAAAGUAUGUUUAUAAGCCCACUAUGAAUCAGACAUGUUGUCCUCAAUAUACAGUAAGGUGCCAAGCAUUACACUUCCAACCUUCCAAAUCACAUAAAAAAGUUUUGAAGAAGAUGUUGAAAUUUUUAAUAAAAGGAGAACGUUCAAAAGCAGAUAUCGAAGUUGAUCCCGUGGAGUCUCACACCAAAGAGGCUGAUGGCUGUAGUUUUUCCUUAAAAAACCCACCUAUCAGAAGCCAAUCUGAAUUGCUACCACUUAGUACUGAUCCCACAGAAGAGGAAGAAAUGACAGAAGAAAUAAAUGUAAAGGAAGUAGUCUCCAAAAAUUCUGAAAAGUGUAAUGAAAAGUUGAAUAUUGAUUCCAGCAAGCCAUUACAGAUAGCUCACAUUGGACAUGUCACCCCUAAACCAGGCAGAGGAGCUGACUUGAAUAAACCACCAUGUCGUAAAGCAAAAAUCAUACGGAAGGAACAAAAGUUGCAGAAAAAACUUCAGUGUCAGACACGGCCAGUUUCACUUGAAUCAGGGUCUCAGAGUUUGACCAGUCAGAACCUUUGUCCUAAAACAAACCAACCAAAAUCAGUUGAAGACUUCAUUUUUGCCACCUUACCUCCUGAAGCUCUGCACCACAUAGAGGUGAGGCUGGUGCGAUCAUCUCCACAAAGUUCCCAGUUCAAAGCCACAUUUCAGGAGUCUUACCAGGUUUAUAAGCGUUACCAGAUGAUUAUUCACAAGGACCCUCCUGGUAAACCAUCCGUCAGUCAGGUGAGGUUAGUACCAGUUUCUUUUGAGGACCCACAUUUCAGUUCAUCUUUUACUCAGUCUGCCACUUUAUUUGCCAAGUAUCAGAUGACCAUACACAAGGACACUCCUCUUGAAUGUGACGAGGACCAGUUUACGCGAUUUCUCUGUGAUUCACCACUUGAGUUGGAGGUCUGCAAGAAGCAAGAAUCUGGAGAAAAGGAUUUCAUAUGUUUGUGCCUAAAAUCCCCAGGGGAACUGGAACUGGCAGAACAUUUACCAAAUGGUCCAGAUUGUGGCUAUGGUUCUUUCCACCAGCAAUAUUGGCUUGAGGGAAAACUACUUGCUGUCGGUGUAAUUGACAUCCUUCCGAAGUGUGUAUCAUCUGUGUAUCUUUACUAUGAUCCUGAUUUUUCUUCUCUGUCUUUGGGUGUCUACUCUGCUUUAAGGGAAAUUGCUUUUACCAGGCAACUUCAUGAAAAGGCCUCUGAUCUAUGUUAUUAUUACAUGGGGUUUUAUAUUUAUUCAUGUCCUAAAAUGCGAUACAAGGGACAGUAUAGACCUUCUGAUUUACUAUGUCCAGAGACCUAUACUUGGAUACCCCUUGAGCAGUGUCUGCCUUCUCUUGAGCGUUCAAAAUAUUCUCGCCUCAAUCAAGACUUAAAAAUAGCUGAUGAAGGGAUGAUAAAGGAACUUGAUCAAGUUCAGGUUCUCCAUAAGAGAUCAGUUAUGCCUUACAGGAUGUAUAAGAGAAAUCGAAAAGGACCAAGCGAUGAAGAAACUGUACAGCAAUAUGCAAGUCUCGUGGGACAGACAUGUUCAGAGAGGAUGUUGCUUUUUCGGAGCUGAAUAUUCAUUCUGUAGAUUUUCCAGAAUUACGUUUUAUCAUUCUGCUACAAGAUUAACAUAUUUCUGCUGUUUUCUGUUGUUAUAGCUAUUGAAUAUGCACUGUAUACUGUACCUUUUUCUGCCUGGGAAUGAACAUGUUGACAAACUUUAGCAUAAAACAUUGAUUUUGAGUCUUUAUAUUAAGGGUUUGUCAGAAUAUUACAAUGACUGUGUUCAUGAGAUUAAAGUCCUUCUUACAUUUUCAACUAAGUGAAUGGGAUGAGUAUAAAAUUGAGUGGAACAUUUGAAGGGGGGGAGUAGCAUUUUGUAGGUAUUUGGUAAAGAUAAUAUUUCAAAUCAACUGGGUGAUGAAAUAUAAGUUGUUGUGAAAUGUAUAAAUAUUUCAUAAAUUUUAUAUUUUCUUCGACUACUAUCAGAUAAUUAAAUAUUUUGUUCUAGUAUUAUUUCAGAAUUCAAUUAGCCAGAUACUUGUAAGUAAGCAAAUGUUUUGCACUAUGCUUCAGGGGGGAAACCCAACCUCUGUCUAGUAGAAUUGGUGCCUAGGAUUGCUAUUAUAUCAUAUAAUAUAAAGCCAUCUAAUGUGUAUCUAUGCACUGCAUCUUUCAAAUUAUUCACUGCAGUCUUUUAAAUGUUUGUUUUAAAUAACAUAUAAUUGUAUUGAAAUAACCAGGAAGUUUGUUGAUUUAGGGUUUUUUUUGUAAUUUACACUUUGGGAAAGGUUGAAAUUGAAAUGUUUAUCAAAUUACCAAAGAAAUUAAUUUAAAAAUGUAGAUUAAAACUCUAUUGAAGUACA